AUGAAGUUCUUUGGUAGUAAACGCCAUGAACAUGCUGGCGAAGGUCAGCAUCUCGAGAGGAAGCCUUCUCCCGAUACCGAUGGUCGCAUCACUGCCCUGGCCGUUUUCCUCGGUCUAACAGCAUCUUGUGGUGGUUUCCUCUUCGGAUACACUAGCGGUCAGAUCUCUGGUUACUUCAUGAUGAAGGACUAUGGCGAGCGAUUCGGCGAACCCAAUGGCGACGGCACAUACAACUUCAGUGCAGCCCGACAGGGAACAAUCACCGGUCUUCUAUCAAUUGGUUGCUUGUUCGGAUCUCUCAUCGCUGGUAACCUUUGCGACUCAAUUGGUCGCCGCAAGACUAUCUCCAUCUCUGCUCUCUGGACUUGUGUCGGAACUGUCAUCGAGGUCGCCUCUCAACACGCCUGGUACCAACAUGCUAUCGGUCGUCUCGUCACUGGUGUCGGUAUUGGUGCUCUCUCCGUCGCUGUUCCCAUGUAUCAGUCUGAGAGUGCUCCCGCCAUCAUUCGAGGUCUCAUCGUCUCUUGCUACCAGCUUUUCGUCACCCUGGGUAUCUGGACUGCUGAGAUGGUUAACUGGGGCACCAACGACUACGCCGGUAGCUCCUCUUGGAGAAUUCCCAACGGUCUUAACUUCCUCUGGGCUCUGAUUCUCGGUGGUGGUAUCCUCUUCCUUCCUGAGUCCCCCCGAUAUGCCUACCGAAAGGGUAAGGUCGAGGAAGCCCGCAAGACCAUUGCCGACCUCGCUGGCCUCGACAUCAACGCCCCUAGCGUCAACCGACAGAUCGACGACAUCCGUGAGAAGCUCGAGGAGGAGCAGGCUCUGCCCGAGACCCGCCUCAUUGAGAUCUUCACUGGUCCCCGCAUGGCCUACCGUACCAUCCUCGGUAUCACUCUCCAGGCCGGACAGCAGCUCACUGGUAUUAACUUCUUCUUCUACUUCGGUACCACUGUCUUCGCCUCCACUGGUCUCAAGGACAGCUACGUCACCCAGCUCAUUCUCGGUUCAGUCAACUGUGCCUGCACAUUCGGCGGUCUUUACGUUGUUCAGAAGUGCGGUCGCAGAAAGUCCCUGAUGAUCGGCGCCGCCUGGAUGAUGAUGUGCUUCUUCAUCUACGCCUUCGUCGGACACUUCGCUCUUGACCGCGCCAACCCUCUCAACACCCCCGCCGCCGGUACCGUUCUCGUUACCUUCUCUUGCUUGGCCAUUGUUGCCUUUGCUACCACCUGGGGUCCUCUUGUCUGGGCUGUCGUCGCCGAGAUGUAUCCUUCUCAAUACCGCAGUCGCUGCAUGGCUCUCGCUACUGCUGCUAACUGGCUCUUCAACUUCCUCAUCGGUUUCUUCACUCGAUUCAUCACUGAUGCCAUUGACUACUUCUACGGUCUCGUCUACGCCGGAUGUUGUGCUGCCCUCGUUGCCAUCGUCUUCUUCUUCGUCAUCGAGUCCAAGGACCGAACCCUCGAGGAGAUCGACACCAUGUACGUCCAGCACGUCAACCCCAUCACUUCUUCCAAGUGGGUUGGCGAGCCCCAUGGCCCCAAGCACGCUCGUGAGGGUGUCACCGACGAAGAGGCCUCUUCGUAA